GUGUGCUGGCUGGCGGGCGGCGGCAGUGGCGCGGCGGGCAGUGCAGGGCAAAGAUGCUUCCUGGUGGGGCGGCCGUGGCGGCGCCCACCACUCCCAGCAGCCCCAGGCCGGCGGGGCGCCUCAGCCUCCUGUUCCAGCAGCCGGGAGGAGGCUCACAACAGAAUCCCGCGGCAAAAGUCGGCUCCCCGCUGUGGCGCCGCUCCGACCCAGGUAACUUGCGGCCGUUGUCGCAGCCACAGUCACAGCCACAGCCACAGCUACAGUUACGACCACAGCCACAGCCACAGCCACAGUUACGGCCACAGCCACAGCCACAGUUACGACCACAGCCACAGCUACAACCACAGUUACGGCCACAGCCACAGCUACAGCCACAGCCCCAGCCGCCGUCGCCGAAGACAAACAGCGAGUUGAAGGACAAAUGGGGCUCCGGAGUGAGCAUCAACAACACCAGAAUGCCGCCGGAGUGUGCAGGAUCCCCGAAGACUGACGGCCUCAACCUCCCACAGUGGAAGAGGAAGCAGGAGCCGGAGAAGAAGCCUGAGGAAGCCGAGAGGAAAAUAGAACCGCUGUGGAAGAGAAUACGGGAGACAAAAGGACAGCAAGAACCGCCAAAAGAACCGAUGACGAAUCUAAAGGUGGAGAAACAGGAACAGCAGCCGAAGGAACAGACGAUGGAAAGGAGGAGACCAGAGCCGCUGUGGAAGAAAAAGCAGGAACCAGGAAGGAUAGAGACAAAACCAGAACCGGACAGGAAGAAUAAUGUAAUGUGGAAGAAGAAAGAUGAGUUAACGAAAGUCCCAGAACCAGCAACUAAGCAGGAACCGGAGAAAAAAGUGGAAAUCGGUAAAAGACCUGAUCCGCCGAAAAUAGAACCGAGUAAGAAACUGGACCCGCUAUGGAAGAGAAAAUUCGAACCAGUCAAAACGCCGGAACCGGAACUGAAAAACGGAUUGACGAAAAAAGUGGAACCGAUUUGGAAGAGGAAAACGGAAGGGGAGAAGAAACCCGAACCAACAGAGAUCAAACAAGAGCCCGCCAUGAAGCCACAACCUCCAUGGAAGCGGAAAAUCGAAGGGGAGAAGAAACAAGAACCAACAGACAUCAAACAAGAACCUACUCCAAAACCACAACCUAUAUGGAAGAGGAAAAAGGAACCGGAGAAAGCACCCGAGUCCCCCCUAAGACCGGGUCAGAAGAAGGAAGCCGAGACGGAGAAGAAAACGAAGACAGCGAAGGAGGGCGACGCCGAACAGAACGCAGAGGACGCAAAGCAAGAUGAAACGGAGGAACUCUUGUGUCCAAUGUGCUCGGAACUGUACGACGAGGAGGAGCAGCAGCCAAUCCUUCUUCCCCGCUGCGGCCACACGUUCUGCCGCCCCUGCCUCAUCAGCGUCAAGGGCAAAGGUCACUUCCCCUGCCCGACCUGCCGUAAGCGUCACCUCAAGCCUCCCGUCGAAGAGCUUCCGAUCCACAGCGAAGUCCUGAAGCAAGCCAAUGCCUACAGAGAGGACCAGUUCUCCUUCUCCAGAACAAGGAGUGAGGGCUGGCCUGUCCUGAUGGGGAGGUGCGCGAGCCACAAGGAGCUGCUGUUGUACUGGUGCCGGGACUGCCAGGCGCCGCUAUGUGCCUCCUGCCGAGUCACGGACGGACACGACGUGGUGCGGACGAAGGUGGUGCUGAAGGAGAAGCGGGAGGAGCUGAAGGAACACGGACAGACCAUCCUGGACAACGUGCUGGAGGAGAAGAGGAAGAUCAUGGACUCCGUCACCACGUGCUCGGCGCAGCUCCUACAGGCGUGUGAGUCCAGCGUGGCAGUGGACGACUCAACUCAGAACGUGAAGGAGAUGUUGUCCAGCACCAAGCAGACGGCAGACCUCGGCUUCGUCCUCAACAGCCUCCAGCGCAUGAAGAGCAUCCUCGGCUUCUUCACCAAGGCCACCGCAAGUGACGCAGACACCGACGAGAGCAAGACGCCGAAGUCCAGACGCAAGAAGGAUCGACGCGCCGCCCAAACAAGUGAAGACGCCAACACGAGCGAGGAGAAGAAAGCGGCCCCAGCAUCCACCGGCAGCAAGAUGGACACCCCGGCGAAGCAAGAGAAGAGCGUUGGCGUGGAUGCGAAGGUUCAAAAUACAAAGGAAACAAGGGUCAGCCACCAACCACCAGCACCAGCAACAGCAGCGGGGGGAGGAGUGCGCGCCAACAUCCCCAGCGAGGUCAUGGUUCAAGGCCCUCUGCUGCCCAUGUCCGACGCGUCCCUGUGGCCGCUCACCUGCUGCGUGUACGGCGAGGACGGGCGGCGGGCGCGCCUGGCCUGGGAGGGCGGCAAACUGCACAUGCACGCCCUCUCUGAGCUCGAACAGGAGGCGCACUUCAUGAUCAAGCUGUCGGUGAUCCAGAGCGUCGUCCCACAAGACCAGCCGGAGGUGUUCCUGGAGGUGGAGGCGGGGGAGCGUCGCCUGGGCCGCAUCUACAUCCGGCUGUGGGGUCACCUCCGCCGCGCCCACCACUUCCUCGCGCUCUGCAUGGGCACCCACGGACCCUCCUACCGCGGCGCCAAGUUCGAGGAGGUCUUCUCUAGAGGGCUGAAGGGCGAGUGCCUCCACGCGGGUCCAUACCUGACGUCCACUGGUGACCUAAGCGCGCAACGGGUCAUGGAUGGUCUGGAGUGGGACGGUCAAUACAAGAAGAUUCAGCGGAAGGGGUUGGUGGUGGGUGCGGGCAGCGGGCGGCCAGAUCGGGAGUCCUGCUUCGAUAUUUGCACGAUCGAGAACCCCAACCGGCACUUUGCUUGUCCCUUCGGCGAGGUAGUGGACGGCUGGGACACCAUAGCGGCCAUCCUCGAGCACAGGCCGGUGCGUGCUGUGACCAUGGUGGAUGUUGGGGUGGUGGUGCCCUCCUCCUUCGGUGCUGCUGUCGCUGGUGGUGUUGGUGGUGCUGUUUCUGCCCCCACCACGCCCGCCGCCACCCGCACCACCACCGCCACCACCAUAAGCUGAGGAUAUGUGACCUGCUUCUCGCCGAACGCAAUUUACCUUCACGUUUUUUUCAUGAUUAGGUCCUUCAAUACACACACACACACACACACACACACACACACACACACACAAGGCACAUUCCCAAGCUCAAGUCUUUGUGUUACUUUCUUACAUCCUGCACAUAACAACCACGCUGCUCUCAUCACCCACCCUAUUAUAACAAACUCAUCCUGUUACGUUACGUCACCACCUGAAUCUCUCUCUCUCUCUCUCUCUCUCUCUCUCUCUCUCUCUCUCUCUCUCUCUCUCUCGUGCCAGUGCCAAGUGGGGGAGUGGGGGGCUUAGGGUUGGGGAGCUUAAGCCUUCAUCUCCCCCUUACACUUUGGACGAUCGAGCUCUUAAGCCUCCCCUAAAAAAAUCCUGGAACCGCCACACUCUUCCCCACCGCCUCUCUCUCUCUCUCUCUCUCUCUCUCUCUCUCUCUCUCUCUCUCUCUCUCUCUCAAAAUAACUCUUUAAAAUUAUAGUCUCCGUCUUACUUCCUAUGACCCCAUUUUCUUUGACCUUGUGGAUCCUUUCUUCCCCUCAGAGACAGUCACGUGCGUAAGAAAUGAGUAUGAAACCAAUGAACUUUUUAAUAAAACCUGGAGGCUGAAGUCCCGUUGAUAAGAAAACCAUAAGAAAGAGAUAUAAUUGAUAACGUACCUUCAACUCAGACUGGUUUCCUAGUACAGUAGUUUGAACUCUGCAGGGGAAAAGGAGAAUUCAUUUGAUUAUUAGGCUAUUCAUUUGUCAUCGGAAACAUUCUUCACUUUUAUUUAUUCAUGUGUUAGUUUUUUGCUCUUCGUUUCAUAUAAUAUUUUUGCCUUUUCUGCUUCCUUACACACACACACACACACACACACACACACAAAGUAGUUUAUUAUAGUCCUUCAUGCUCCUGAAAGUGCAACAUGAAAGCAAAACAAUACUGAGCUUUUUUAAUAUAUAUAAACUAAUAAAAAAAAUAGGAACAUUA